GUCACUGUGGCUUCUUUUGCCUUUGUUUAAAGUCUUCUGUACCAAAACCACCCACCAACCCUCUGCUCCACUUGUCUUAAACCUACGGAGAAAAGAUUUGGUGUCUGUGCACCACUGUACCUGUAAACCCUUUUGCGGUUGGAUCAUUCUUGCAAGUUGGUGUUUGAUGAUCAAGCUGUGAUUUGGUAUACUAUGGAGAGGUAUGAGAUUGUGAAAGAUAUUGGGUCUGGGAAUUUUGGGGUGGCAAGGUUGGUCAGAGAUAAGUGGACCAGAGAACUCUUUGCUGUUAAGUUCAUUGAGAGAGGCCAGAAGAUAGAUGAACAUGUGCAAAGGGAAAUCAUGAACCACAGAUCGUUGAAGCAUCCGAAUAUUGUUCAAUUCAAAGAGGUUCUUCUGACACCAACUCAUCUAGCCAUAGUAAUGGAGUAUGCUGCUGGAGGAGAACUCUUUGGGAGAAUAUGCAAUGCUGGUAGAUUUAGUGAGAAUGAGGCAAGGUUUUUCUUCCAGCAAUUGAUAUCAGGAGUCAGUUACUGUCAUUCAAUGCAAAUAUGUCACAGAGACCUUAAGCUUGAAAAUACACUCUUAGAUGGCAGCACAGCACCUCGUGUCAAAAUAUGUGAUUUUGGAUACUCAAAGUCACUACUGCAGUCUCAGCCAAAAUCAACUGUAGGAACACCAGCCUAUAUUGCUCCUGAGGUCCUAUCUAAAAAGCAAUAUGAUGGAAAAAUUGCAGAUGUUUGGUCUUGUGGAGUCACCUUAUAUGUGAUGCUAGCUGGAGCAUAUCCUUUUGAAGAUCCUGAUGACCCUAACAACUUCAGAAAAACAAUUAAUCGGAUCCUUGGCGUACAGUACUCGAUUCCAGAUCAUGUUCAAGUUUCCAUCGAAUGUAGACAUCUAUUAUCUCAGAUAUUUGUGGAAAACCCCGAAAAGAGAAUAACAAUCGCAGGAAUUAAAAACCACCCUUGGUUCUUAAAGAACUUACCCAUGGAACUGAUGGAAGGAGGAAGUUGGCAGAGCAAUGAUGUAAAUAUUCCAUCUCAAAGCACUGAAGAAGUUAUGUCCAUAAUUCAAGAGGCAAGAAAAUCAGUACAGUCCCCAAACGCAGUUACGCAUCUCAUCGAAGGCAGCAUGGAUCUUGAUGAUUUGGAUGCUGAAGUUGAAGAUAUUGAAACAAGUGGUGAUUUUGUAUGUCACGUGAGUAGUUAAACUGUACAUACACAUCAUACUUGGCUCUUGGCGGUCGAUCUGGAGUUGAAUUCUGUAAAAAGUAAUAGUAGUGUACCUAGAGAAGCACGGGAUAGGUGCUUCUAACAAAAGUUUUGCUAAUGGCAGAAUUAUUACCAAAGCAUCCAAAAAGAAAAUAUAAAGCUCGAGAAUACCAUGCUAAUUC